CUAGAGUGCGAGUGGCGCAUGCGCUCUGAGGAGGUUCUCUUCCAGUCAGCCAUGCCGACUGUCAGCGUGAAGCGAGAUCUGCUCUUCCAAGCGCUGGGAAGGAGUUACACGGAUGAAGAAUUUGAUGAGCUGUGCUUUGAAUUUGGUUUAGAACUUGAUGAGAUUACUUCUGAGAAGGACAUAAUAAGUAAAGAGAAAGGUGAUGGAAAAGCAGAGGGUGCAUCAGACGUCAUUCUUUAUAAAAUAGACGUUCCUGCUAAUCGCUAUGAUCUCCUUUGCUUGGAAGGUCUAGUCAGAGGUCUUCAGGUCUUUAAAGAGAGAAUCCGAGCCCCACGAUACAAAAAGAUUACGCCACCUAGUGGUGAAAUUCAAAAACUUAUUAUUACAGAAGAGACGGUCCAAGUCCGCCCUUAUGCAGUGGCUGCAGUUCUUCGUAAUAUAACUUUUGACAAGGUUCGCUAUGAUAGCUUCAUUGACUUACAAGAUAAAUUACACCAGAAUAUAUGCAGGAAAAGAUCAUUAGUUGCAAUCGGUACUCAUGAUCUAGAUACAGUUUGUGGACCCUUCACAUACACAGCUAAACCACCAUCUGAAAUUAAAUUCAAACCCUUAAACCAAGACAAGGAAUACAGUGCUGUUGAACUCAUGGAUCUCUACCGGACCGACAGCCAUCUUAGGCAUUAUCUGCCUAUUAUUGAAAAUGAACCGCUGUACCCGGUUAUCUAUGAUAGCAAUGGUGUUGUCCUGUCAAUGCCACCAAUAAUCAAUGGAGAUCAUAGCAAAAUCAGUCUGAACACCAAAAAUGUGUUGAUCGAAUGUACAGCUACAGAUUUUACCAAGGCAAAAAUUGUCCUCGAUAUCCUUGUCGCAAUGUUCAGUGAAUACUGUCAGAAAACUUUCACUGCUGAAGCAGUUGAAGUACUUUAUCCCAAUGGAAAAAGUCACAUCUUUCCAGAGCUUCCCUAUCGUCGUGAAAAGAUAAAGCCUGAGAUAAUGAACAAGAAAAUAGGAAUAAGUGAGACUCCAUCAAGCCUUGCAAAGCUGCUCACCAGGAUGUGUUUGAAGUCACACGUCAUAGGGAAUGGGAACAAUAUAGAGGUUGAAAUCCCUCCUACCAGAGCUGACAUUAUCCAUGCAUGUGAUAUCAUAGAAGACGCAGCAAUAGCGUAUGGCUAUAAUAACAUUCAGAUGACUAUCCCGAAAACAUACACCAUAGCUAAUCAAUUUCCUCUCAAUAAGCUCACAGAACUUCUGAGACAAGACUUGGCAGCAGCAGGCUUUACCGAAGCACUGACUUUUGCUCUGUGUUCCCAGGAAGACAUUGCUAAUAAAUUGGGAGUUGACAUCUCAGCAACAAAAGCUGUACAUAUAGCAAAUCCCAAAACAGCAGAAUUUCAGGUGGCACGCACUACCCUCUUGCCUGGGCUCCUGAAAACUGUGGCGGCUAAUCGGAAGAUGCCUUUACCACUGAAACUCUUUGAAAUUUCUGACAUUGUAGUGAAAGAUUCCACCAAGGAUGUUGGCGCAAAAAACCACAGGCAUCUCUGUGCCAUCUACUAUAACAAAAACCCUGGUUUUGAAGUAAUUCAUGGGUUGCUGGAUAGAAUUAUGCAGCUCCUGGAUGUCCCACCAAGCAAAGAGAAUGGAUAUUAUAUAAAAGCAAGUGAAGGCUCUGCAUUUUUCCCUGGCCGUUGUGCUGAAAUCUUUGCCAAAGGGCAGAGUAUUGGGAACCUAGGAGUCCUUCACCCAGAUGUUAUCACCAAAUUUGAGCUCACCAUGCCCUGCUCUGCUCUUGAAAUUACAAUCGAACCUUUCCUGUGAAACCUGACAGCAACAUCAUUUUGCAUUCACAGUAACCACUUGCUACAUCAAAUAUUCAUCCCUACCUUUAAAUGGAUUGGAUCAAUCUUCUCUUGGUCUUUGAUAAAAAUGUUUCUUGGGUGCAAUGAAGCUGGCUUCAGUAACAAAAUAUGAACAACCAUCAAACUAGAAACUCGGUGUUUUAGCAGUUGUCUAAAUGGAAUUGCAAUCUCUUUCUUACUGCAUGAUUUAGGAGAUGUAUUGUUAAAAAAAAGUCAAAUGUUAACAGAAGUGAGUUUCCCCUAUCUCAGGUUUCUAUAAACUCUUCAGUGGUUGGAAGAGGUCAGGGUAGAGAUAUAUUCCUUCCAAACUAGAGCAAUUUUGUUAGUCACUUCCUACAGUAUGUACAGCUGCAUGUCAGCCAUUUUUAUUGCAAAAUAAGGGAGCAAAAUAAAAGUAAUAAGGGCCUGUAUUUAUGUCUGGAGCUAUGCACCAGUGGGGAAUGUGGUGAAAUCAUCAGUAUCUAGACUUGCUGGAAGAAGCCUUUUGCUGCAGAACCAUUAAAAAACAAAUUGAAAAGCCCCAGUACUUGCAUAUAUGUUGGGACUUUUAAUAACACACAUAAUGCUAGUCUCUUUCAGAGGAGGUAAAUAAAGAUGUAAAGUUAAAAGAAAAGAAUUAAACAUAUGCAAACAUUGGAAUAAAUUUUCUGCUACUAAAUUAUAUUUAUAGAUAUUGUAAGUACAUUAUCUGACAAGCUGUUCUCAAGAUGCACCAUCAUAGUUGAUGUAUACAAUUUGCCCUGUUGUAUUGAGACUGAGUUGAAGUAUACUCUAAUGCAAAUUAAAUCCGCACUCAACAAUGAGAA